CCAGUUUCUUCGAUUUCCCAGGUUCUCAACUUUUUGCCUCUGUAAACAUCGGCUUCCCCUUCUGUGUUGUUGGCCUUCGAGCCUGACAUUCCGCACUUCAUGCAACACGUUUGAUCUUUAUACCCAGACAUGUCCCCAAUCUUGGGCUGUUUUGGUGGCAAGCCAGCGGCAGCUCUCGCAUUAAAGAAAGAAAGAAAAAGUUCCCGGACAGCGGCCUAUUUCCCAAAGCGUCAGAUUUGUUUCUUAAGUGAUUGCCAAUGAUCCGAUGAAGAAUGUUGCCAUUGACCAAAGAUGCACUCGCCGCCAAAAGCACUGUCGAUUCAACCGGCUAAGGAGCGCCAACCACUCAAGCCAACGACCGCGAAAAAGCGACAAUCAAGUGCCAGAAUCUCGGCGGCCUGCGAGGCAUGCAAGAGGCGAAGGACAAAAUGCACUGGCGGUCCGCCACCCUGUAAGCUUUGCGAAAACCUAGGCACCGAAUGUGUCAUUGGCCUUUCGUUCGACAUGCGGCGUCGCGCGGCGCUCCAGCGCAUGAUCGAUGAGUCCCGUUCAUAUCAGGAAACUCUCAAUCGGUUAAUGGAUAGCAUAAGAGAAGGUCCCUCACCUCGGCUGACAUCGCUGUAUGACAUUAUCAAAAGUAGCGGCAGCAAUCAGGACUCUGCAGCGGCCAUUCAGCACUACCUGAGAGACAGCGAUGAGCAAAGUUCUGAUCAUACCAUGAUCUCGAAUGGAGAUAUUGUCGAGUCGCCGCUCCCGGAUGGAGCAGGGAAGGUAAUGAGUCGUGAUGGCGAUCUGGACAGCCCCAGCGCCAGUGGCGGCGCAUCGCUCAAAGGCGACGAGAUUGACAGUCAGAAAAUAAUGGAGCCUCCCUCACGCGUCGGAUCUGUGCCUUUGCAGCUUGCAAAGGCGAAGCAGAGAUCGGAAACCCCGAAUAUCGAGUGGUUGCUGAUGGCGCUCAAGAGUUGCUCUAUAUCCGACGGAGAAGAGAUGCUGCGUCGCUUUGUCGCAUCCGAAAUGGCGGACAAGGGCUCUUCAUCACCAUGUUCGACGGCGUCCGGUAGAAGCCUCUUCGAGAAAUUUCAGCCCAUAAAAGUCCAAGACAGAAUGGCAGAACGCUCCAAGUGGCAUCCAGCACUGCAACUGCGAUCACCAACUGUUUUCGUAGAAGAAAAGUCACAGAUAGGACAAGGAGCCCACAGCGACCAGCGCCGGUUGUCGGGGGCUGACGCUUCGAUGGUCAGGCCGGAGCAAUCCAAGAUGCGGUCGCAGCCUGUAUCGCGACGCCCGUCUUUCCCCCAGCCUCAGAUCAACACCGAUAUUCCAAUGUUGUCGAUGCGGCAAUUUUCACCGACGGCGCCAUACCUCGAACACGUCUCGACGCCAGAGUCUUCGAGCUCGGUGUCGAACGGCUGGGACCUAACCGUGGCACAAGAAGAUCAAUCCACAAGGCUUCGAAUACCCCGACACCUUGUUCUACCAUUGACCAUCGCCGAUGAUUCAUACAUGAGCCGGACGUAUACUCACUAUCUGCAAGGUGCCCGACAGAUGCUGGAGACAGGCGUUCCACUGUCGAACGUUCUUGGAGUGGACGACGAGGUGCCCGUGAAUUUGUUUUUCCGGAGUCGCACAGAUAAGGAUCAGUUUGACUGUGCAUCCUGGGCGUGCGAGGUGACUCGAAGUUAUGAAACCGACGUGUUUGCUCGACUGGGCACCGCGUAUAUGUUGACUUUCAUGAUGCGGGUGAGCUAUGAAUCGUUCUCGACUUGGCUCGCCUGCACAGUUACUAACCACUGGCCUCCAUAGUGGCUUUUGGUCCCAACCGUCGAGAACUACCAGAAAGUCCCGGAUAUGAUGAAGCCAACACCAUCACAGUGCAUGAUUCCGCAUAUCGGUGCUAUUGAGACUAUACCAAUGUGAGUCCUUGCGAUUGAAUCUUGGGGCUUCGCUGCUAAGCCAGGUAUCAGCCCUGCCGUCCGGGAUGCUAAUAUUCACCAUCUAAGAGAUUGGCUCACACCGCUGAUCAAUUGUAAUUGGAGUGUGAACUGGCAACACGGAAUGGACGCCGCUGUCCGCUGGAGUCUAAGCACUGAAGCGACGGUCUUGACGCCGGGGUUCAUCCACCAUGUGACUGAUUAUGGCAAUUGGAGUCUCGGCAGCACAUUUUUGGAGACUUUUCCUGAAGUGGAAGGCAAAAUCAGGAUACGCGACUGAUGAGAAACGAAGCGAUGAAACGACAGUGAGGAUUUUCGAGUCUUGAAAUAAGAGAGCCAAGAAGACGAUGAAAAGAAUGUAGCCAUGCCCAAAGCUGAACAGUCAAGUCCAGCCGUAUAAAUUCCUAGAGACAGAGAGUUGAGGUCCUCCAGCAGUCCGUUUGCUGCGACAUAAAUGCAGCUUCGAUGGACAUAACUGUCGAGUGGUGAACAAAUCCGCAAUGUUGGCAUUCGAUGAGUCGCGAGCCACUCUAUCACGAGGAACCAGCACACAAAUCCCACAAUGCAAGUGUACAGUAAAAUCAGGGGUGACAUUCUUU